CGGUCUUCUUCUGUCUUUGUCCAUUCUUCAACACGGCUGCGAGCGAGUCGAGAAGAGACGACAAGGGACAAAUAUGCGGCUCCAGGCUCUGCUGCUGCUCUUACUGAGCCUCCUCGCACAUGUCAAAUGUCUCUACUUCUACCUGGACCCAGGCGACCGCCGGUGCUUCUACGAGGAGUUACCAAAUGACACAGUCGUAGUGGGGCACUACAUGGCCGAGGUUUGGGAUCGAGAAAAGCAGCACUUUAUCAUCCGAGACGAUCUCGGUAUUCAGAUCACAGUCAAGGAAGUCAAGGAGGAUCAUCUCGUCACUUCGUCCAUGGGGCCCUCUGAGGGCAAAUUUGCUUUCACGUCGCACGAAGCUGGCGAUCACAGCAUCUGCCUUUCGACCAAGCUCCUCAACGGGUCCGGCUACAAGCCCUCGCCCGACGACCACGAGCACCAGGUGCGCAUGCACCUCGACAUCAUCAUCGGUGAGGCCAAGCCCGACAACAAGCCUGCGGACCGCCAGCACAUCACCGACCUGGCAGGCCGGGUCCGGGAUCUUAAUGACAAGCUGCGCGAUAUCCGCAAGGAGCAGCAGUUUCAGCGCGAGCGAGAGGCAGAAUUCCGAGAUGCGAGCGAGAGGGCCAACUCGAGGGCAGUCUUUUGGAGCUUGGUGCAGGGCGUCACGCUCAUUGCCACCUGCGUAUGGCAGGCUAGUCAUCUCAGGACCUUUUUCGAUCACCGCAAGAUUCGAUGAAGACUACAGAAGUGCUGUACUGUAGAUUACCGAAAAAUCAUCCAUUU